AUGGCUGACAACGUCGGAAAAGGAGACAGCGCCACCACUUCCUCUGUACGAUGCCCUAGACGACAUUAUUUCGCUCACCGCCGCCGCAAAAUUAAACGAGGAAGAGAUCCAAGGAAAGAUAUAGACUUAAUCAGCUCUUUGCCUGAUGAGAUCCUCCAAGUCAUCCUCUCCUUCAUCUCGACCAAGUUGGCAAUCACAACUUCCGUCUUGUCCAGAAGAUGGAGACAUAUAUGGUGCAACACACCUUCCCUCUCCUUCUCCGAUAACUGUAAUCUGGACCCUAGUUCCGUAGACAAAAUCCUAUCUCGCUACACGGCUCGCAAGAUGAUGAGCUUUAAGCUCUGUAUCCGAAGCUUAGACUAUCAUUACUUGUGCAGUUGGGUCAAGUUUGCCAUGUACCGAAACGUGGAGAAUCUGUGGUUGGAGCACCGUCUUUGUGAUAUGCCUGAUUUCUUUUAUAACAAUUCCUCUGUCAAGCAACUUUACGUUAAGUCAAAACAUGCUUGUAUCAAUCCAAGAUGCUCUGUGUCUUGGACAUCUUUGAAGAUCCUGACAUUGUAUGCUUGCAACCUUAAGGAUAAAUCCUUUGCUAAGAUUAUCUCUGGUUCUCCCCUUCUCGAAACCUUAAGGUUGUAUCACUGCGAUGAACUCCAUCAUCUUGAUCUCAGCAAAUCACCGCGUCUGAAAACAUUAGAAAUAGAUAGCAAGGAUUGGCUUAAGGGGACAAGGAUUGACGCACCACAUCUCCAGUAUCUCAGAUUAAGAUUAACAAACUCUAUGUUUCCAUAUACAUUAGUUGAUGUCUCGUCUUUAACAGAAGCUGAAAUAGAUACUGAUGCGUCGUCAGACCCAAUUAAAAUAGUUGAUCAUUGUCUUCAAACCCUAGAGAAGUUGCAGAAUGUGGAGAAGCUUACUUUUGGGGAAAGAUUUCUUGAGAUUUUAUCUCGAGCCGAGCUCCUUGGUUAUCCGUCCCCGAAGUUGAAGGCUAAAGUUUUGACGCUUAAGACAACAAUCUCUCAAUAUGUUAUUUCUGGUAUAGUAAGAUUGCUACAGCACUCACCUGAAUUAAAGAAGCUAACCCUACGCACAAUGGAUUGUGACGCCAUACAGGGGUAUGCUGACAACUACUUAGAUUCGUAUACUUGGAUUCCGUAUCGAUGCUCGGAAUCGUUGGUCUUUGGAGACAUUAAGUCUAGAGAUGUAGAGACAAAGCAUGUGGCUUUGUUCAUGGAACUUGUGCUUAAAACCACAAAGACACUAGAGAAGAUGGUGGUAAGGUUGGGACCUUAUCGUAGCGAAAGAGGUAUUAAAGAGUUGCGUCAGAAGGUUCCAAUGCUUUCCCACGACAAAGACGUCUCAAUUGUGCUCAUCGCAACCAAAAGAUGGAUUAGAGAGUCGUCUAAGUGGUGAUUUUAGUAUAUUACGUACAAAAGCCGAAUCAGAGAGACUAAUUAAGUGAACAUUUUACAUAAAACUAACAUGUUUAAUAUUACUAUAGAUGAAAAAAUUCCUUUAAUCUCUAGGAUUAUAUGUUGGAAAUAAUCAUAU